CUCAGAAAUCAUAACACCAAAAUUCUGAAAAUUUUCAGAGAAUCUGCGCCUUCUUAAGAGACAAGUGCGAUCGAUUAUCGCGCCAAUGGAUCGUAGAGAAAGACAGUCUCCACAAGCUGAGACUGCUCGUGUUCUUGUGGAAUUCUUAGAGGUUGCCAUCACUUCCAUCGUCCAUCUUAAAGGAAUUUAUCCUCCGGGUGCAUAUGAGAGGCGGCGAUAUAUGAAUGUUGUGGUUCAUAGGGCUCGUCAUCCAGAACUUAAAGACUACAUUCAUUCUGCUGUGAAUGGUCUCCGUUCUCACAUCCUCAAGGGAUUGGUGGAAAGAGUGGCAGUAGUAUUCUUCAAUGCUGAGAAUAUCCCAUUGGAGAGAUUCAUUUUCAGGGUAUCUGUUAACCAGUCUUAUGGCGAAAAGGUGGAGGAAGCUGAUCUACAGUUCUCUCUCCGUUCAUUCUUGAUUAAGCUUCCACUAUCGGAACCUCUAACGAAACCUCUUCCCAUGGGUUGUAGAUGGGAGAUAACAACUUAUUUCCGUUCACUGCCUGAGGCAAGUACAAGCGAGGAAGCUGAUUUAUGGAUUCCAACAGAUAUGAAACAAUGGAUGCAACCUCCAUUAAUUACUCCUGUGAAGUCAAUGAGCAGUGAGCCCAUGUCCUUACAACUCUAUAUGGAACAUCCAAGUCUUUCUGAACCAAACCCUCAAGGGCUUUCUAUAGGAAAUCCAUUUGUGGAGAAAUAUGAAUGGUUUUCUGAAAGCUUUAGGGUAAAGAGAAAUGAAAAGUUUCAGAUAGGAAUGGCUAGUUUACCUAGUGUGUUGGAGAAGUAAUAAGUGACAUAGAAUUAGAGCAUGAUGGAAAUUGAAGAAACAUAGACAUUGUGUCCUCAUCUUCUUGAAGUGGAAUCAUUUGCAGAGUGGAUUUUUUUUUCUUCGAUUUUUUCUACUUCAUAGCAGCAAAAGUAGCAGAUGCUUCUGGCAAAGAUGUGUACCAGAUAAUUUAUUGUAUACCCUCCUUUUGAAUUCUUGAUUGUGCUGAAAAAUAUAGAAUAUGGGUUAGUAGGGUCUCAUUGAGUUCCAAGCAGAUUUACCAAGGGUAUCUGGGAAGCUACCACGGUUAUUAUAUAUCAGGGUAAAAAAUCUUAUGUUAUAUUCUCAUAACCAAUGUUUUACUGUGUUUGUGGAUCUCAUUAUGAAAUAAGAAUAUUAUUAAUACUGUUUCUU